AUGUCUAAAGGAGUAGGAGGAACUACCACUCAGUCAUGUGGCUUCUCCAACUCAGACAACUCUGGAGGCAAUGAAAAAAUCCAUGGAAAGAGACCAAUGGAAUCAACCACAAAUAGCCCCAAUGAAGGAUCUCCCCUUCUUGAUGAUGACAAGCUUGUUGGCAAAGGUUCAUCCUCUUCAAAACCAACAGGUGUUGCUGAUCAGUCUGAUGACCAUGAGCAUGAGAUGCAUAUUUGGACAGAGCGUGAGAGGAGGAAGAAGAUGAGGAAUAUGUUUUCUAGCCUCCAUGCUCUCCUUCCUAAUCUUCCCCCUAAGACAGACAAAUCAUCCAUUGUUGAUGAAGCUGUGAACUAUAUCAACUCAUUGCAACAAACUAUUAACAAGUUGCAGAAACAAAAGAUGGAAAGGGUCAAAGCGCUGGCAUUUGAGGAAAACCAAACUCAUGGGGCUGAGAGUACUAGGGAAGUGUUCCUGGCUGAGCAAGGGAAGAACAUGGUGCCAAUAAUGGGAUCUCCAACUUCUGCUUCUUUCCCUAGUUUUCCUCUCACUUUACGGACAUGGUCUUCCCAAAAUCUAGUACUCAGUAUCAGUGGAGAGGAUGCUCAUAUCAACAUCUGCACCGGAAAAAAACCCGGUCUCCUUUCUACUAUUUGUUUUAUCAUGGAGAAACACAACUUGGAGCUUGUGUCUGCUCACAUCUCUUCUGAUCACUUUAGAACCAUGAUCAUGAUCCAUGCCCGAGCUAGUGCACCAGGAAUUUCUGAUCAGUUUCCUGAGGCAAUGAUGAUUGAAGAGAUUUACAAGCUUGCUGUUGGAGAAAUCAUCAUGUGUCUUCCUUCUUGA